UUGAAUAAUGGGUGGGCGGGAUCUCAAAACAGAAAAUGAAACUACUUCGUCCAUUAUCAAGCGUGCAGUCCGGAUGCGCGAAAGUAUAAAGAAACACUUCAUUGCGUUUAUUCACUACAUGUUGCAGAAACUACAGGUUCACUGAAGGUGUUUCUACAUUUCUUAAACAUGGGCAUUUCCUCCAGGAACCUGUCCUGACAGUGUGUCAGUGCCCCCCCCCACCCGCCAGGCCCUACCUUCAGACCGCUGCACCCCACCCCAGUCCUCAGUCGCUCCUCAUAUCCUCCUGAUAAGCCGUUACAUAGCAGCAGACAGGUCCUCCAACAUGUCCGUGGUGACGCUCCUCACGCUGUCCCUCCUGGCGGCCAUGUUCCGGUCCUCGUCGGCCCACCAGGCCUCCUCCUCCUCCAUCGGCCCCCCGGGAGAGGCCUCUACCGGGGGGGGCGCCGACCCGGCCUUCCCCUGGAGCGGCCUGCGCCUGCCCAGCUACAUCGUCCCCGUCCACUACGAGCUCCGACUCCACCCUAACCUCACGGAGCUGAGGCUGAGCGGCUCCGUCAGGGUCCAGGUGGAGGUGAAGAACGACACCAACUGGGUGGUGCUCCACAGCAAGGCUCUGAACAUCUCCAACGCCAUGCUGCUGGACCACAGCCUGGCCGCCCUGUCUGAGCAGGUUCUCCCGGUCCUCCACCACCCGGGCCACGAGCAGGUGGCGGUGUUCUCCCCCCGGGUGCUCAGCAGCGGCCACACCUACUUCCUCCACCUGCAGUUUGGGGCGGAGCUGACGGAGGGCUUCUACGGCUUCUACAAGAGCAGCUACAAGACCGGGGCGGGAGAGACCAGGGUCCUAGCUUCCACACAUUUUGAGCCCACCAGCGCCAGGAAGGCCUUCCCUUGUUUCGACGAGCCGAGCUUCAAAGCCAACUACACCGUCACCAUCCGGAGGAGUCCUGAGCACAUCGCCCUGUCCAACAUGCCCAUAGAGAAGACGGUCAGACUGAAUGAGGACCUGAUGGAAGACCACUUUGCCACCAGCGUGAAGAUGAGCACAUACCUCGUGGCGUUUGUUAUCUGUGACUUCAGAUCCGUCUCAGCGACCACCUCCUCUGGGGUCAAGGUGUCCAUCUACGCGGCCCCAGAGAAGCUGCACCAGACCCACUACGCUCUGGAGGUCGCCGUCAAGACGCUGGACUUCUAUGAGAAGUAUUUCAACAUUAACUACCCGCUCCCCAAGCAAGAUCUCAUAGCCAUCCCGGACUUUGAGUCGGGAGCGAUGGAGAACUGGGGUCUGACCACGUACAGAGAGACCAGCCUCCUCUACGACCCGCGCUCCUCCUCAGCCCAGGACAAACUCUGGGUUACCAUGGUGAUAGCCCACGAGCUGGCCCACCAGUGGUUCGGGAACCUGGUGACCAUGGUCUGGUGGAACGACAUCUGGCUGAACGAGGGCUUCGCCCGAUACAUGGAGUACAUCGCCGUGGAGGCCACCUACCCGGAGCUACACGUGGAGGAAUAUCUGCUCAACGUUUGCUUCGCGGCAGUGGGCCGGGACUCCCUCAACUCGUCCAGACCCAUCUCCAGCGCGGCGGAGAACCCCACCCAGAUCAGGGAGAUGUUUGACACCGUCUCCUAUGACAAGGGCGCGUGCGUUCUGCACAUGCUCAGACACUUCCUGACCGACGAGGUCUUCCAGAGCGGUAUCGUGCGAUACCUGCGCAAGUUCAGCUACGGCAACGCCCAGAACCAGGACCUGUGGGACAGCCUGGCUAAUACUUGCUCAGAAGAGGAUUUCACUUCAGGGAAAUUCUGCUACAACGACCGGCAAGCCUCGAAGAACGCGUACCUGUUUGCAGGAGAGCACUUGAACCUGACGGCCAUGAUGAACACCUGGACCCUGCAGAAGGGGGUGCCCCUGGUAACGGUUACUAGGGAGGGCUCCCGCCUCCUGCUCAAACAGGAACGCUUCCUGAAGGCCGUCCUGCCGUCAGACCCUGUCUGGGCCACGCUGCAGCAGGGGUACCUUUGGCACAUACCUCUGACCUUCAAGACCAGUGCGUCCAGCACGGUGCAUCGACACCUGAUGGUCACAAAGACAGACAGCGUGGACGUGGGGGACCAGGCGAGCUGGGUGAAGGUGAACACGGACAUGGCGGGGUACUACCUGGUCCACUACGAGGGCCGCGGCUGGGACCAGCUGACCCAGCUUCUGAGGGAGAACCACACGGCUCUGAGCUACCACGACAGAACCCACCUCAUACACAACGCCUUCCAGCUCAUCGUGACUGGGAAGCUGUCCAUGGGCCGAGCCCUGGACCUGAUCGGCUACCUGCCCUCUGAGACCCACACGGUGCCGCUCCUGGAGGGCCUGGGCUUCCUGGGGGCCUACUACAGGAUGCUGGAGAAGACGGCGGAGCACGACGUCACCCAGAAGCUCAGGACGUACAUCCUCCGCUUCUUCGGCGACGUCAUCGACCGGCAGACGUGGGAGGACAAGGGCUCCGUGACCGAGCGCCACCUCAGGUCAGAGGUCAUCUCCCUGGCCUGCGACCUGGGCCACGCCCCCUGUCUGCGGCAGGCCAAUCAGAGAUUCGCAGACUGGCUCCACUCCGAGGGAAAACUCAGCCUGCCCGCGGACCUGACGGAGACCAUUUAUUCAGUCGGGGCCCAGGAUGAGCGAGGCUGGGAGUUCCUCCUCCACACGUACACUGCGUCGCCGUCGGAGACGCACAAACACAAGAUCCUGUCGGCCAUGGGCAGCAGCAGAGACAAGAACAAGCUGAGCAGACUUCUGGAGAUGUCCCUGGAAGGGGAAGUUAUUCGCAACCAGGACUUGUCCACUCUGGUCUAUCUGGUGGCAAGGAACCCACACGGACAGCAGCUGGCCUGGGCCUACUUCAAGAAGAACUGGGGCUUCCUGAUUCAAAAGUUCCAGCUGAGCUCAUUCUGCAUCAGGAGCCUAAUAGUGGGAACCACUGCCUGGUUCUCCUCAGCAGAAGAACUCUCGGACAUGCGGUCCUUCUUCCAGUCCAUAGAGGAGCAGGCUUCACAGCUCCGGGCCACGCAGGUUGCCCUUGACAACGUGCAGAAGAACGUCCUGUGGAUGGAGAUGAACCUGGGGCCUCUGAGGGACUGGCUCAAUAGACACAUUCAUUAAAGUGCAAGUCAUCGCAAACGGAUAAACAACCCAUUCAACUUGAUCCAAAGGAUAUUUUUUUCUAUUUGUUGUUUGUUGUUUUAAUAAUUCUUAUUUUUUGACCUUUUUGGAAUGUGGAUUUUAUUCUGAAAACGUUGCAAUCAAAGACUGAACUGAGGUUGGUGUUUGGUCCUUUUUGUUGCAGCACUAUGGUUGACUUAAUAAAGUCUAAGCGCUGGAGGAC